AUGGCCAAGCACCCGCUGCUGCUGCUGCUGGCUGUGUGGGUGCUGGUUGGGGAGCUGUGGCUUGGGGCUGAGGCCCGGGCAGCACCCUACGGAGUGAAGCUUUGUGGCCGGGAAUUCAUCCGAGCAGUCAUCUUUACCUGUGGGGGCUCCCGGUGGAGACGGUCAGACCUCUUGGCUCAUGAAGUGAUGGGGGGAGCCUUCCCAGAUGCAGACCCUGAUGCAGACGGCGAGCUGGAUGAGGCAGUGGCCUCCAGAGAGUGGCCAGGCCUGAACAGGUCCCCCCAGGCUUUCUAUGGGGACCAACCCAGCUGGCAGGGAACCCCAGGGACUCUGCGGGGUGGCCGCGAUGUCCUGGCUGGCCUCUCCAGCAACUGCUGCAAGUGGGGUUGCAGCAAGAGUGAAAUCAGCAGCCUUUGCUAG